AUGGGAAAGGCCAAGGAUAAGGCAAAUGAUCUCCAUGAGCUCAAGCAGGAGGUUAAGAUGGAUGAGCAUACCAUCCCAAUGGAAGAACUGGUGGCAAGGUAUGGCUCAAACCUCGAAACUGGUCUUACAAGAGCAAAGGCCGCAGAAAUCUUGGCUCGAGAUGGUCCCAAUGCCUUAUCGCCACCAAGAACCACUCCAGAAUGGAUUAAAUUCUGCAAGAAUCUUUUCGGAGGGUUCGCUCUUCUUCUCUGGGUUGGAGCUUUCCUGUGCUACGUCGCUUACUCUGUCGACUACUUCACCAUGGAGUAUCCAUCUAAGGACAAUUUGUAUCUCGGUAUAGUACUGAUGACUGUCGUCGUGAUCACCGGAUGUUUCCAAUACUACCAAGAAAGCAAAUCGAGCAAGAUUAUGGAUUCCUUCAAGAACAUGGUUCCCACGUUCGCUCUCGUUCAUCGUGAUGGACAGAAGCAACAAAUCCGAACGGAGGAACUGGUCGUCGGUGACAUCGUCGAAGUGAAAGGCGGUGAUCGCGUGCCAGCCGAUAUCCGCAUCAUUUCCGCUUUUGGUUUCAAGUGGACAAGCUCAUCGCUUACUGGUGAGUCCGAGCCACAGUCACGUUCUCCCGACUGCACCAAUGAGAAUCCGUUGGAAACUCGCAACAUUGCUUUCUUCUCCACCAACGCAGUCGAAGGAACCGCAAAGGGAAUUGUCAUUUAUACCGGAGAUAAUACUGUCAUGGGUCGCAUUGCACAUCUUGCUUCCGGCUUGGACACUGGAAUGACACCUAUUGCGCGUGAGAUCGAGCAUUUCAUCCAUCUGAUCACAGGAGUCGCUGUAUUCCUUGGAGUGUCGUUUUUCAUCAUUGCUUUUCACCUGGAUAUCACUGGCUGUGGUCUGCUUGUGGUAUUAUUGUCGCAAAUGUACCAGAGGGUCUCAUUCGCUACCGUAACCGUAUGUCUUACUUUGACCGCAAAGAGAAUGGCCAGCAAGAACUGUUUGGUGAAGAAUCUGGAAGCUGUGGAAACUCUUGGUUCGACAUCCACCAUCUGUUCGGAUAAGACCGGAACUCUCACACAAAAUCGAAUGACAGUCGCUCAUAUGUGGUACGAUAAGGCAAUCGAAGAGUGUGAUACUACCGAAAACCAGUCUAGCGUGGCAGCCAGUAAGGGUGGGCCAACAUUGGAUGCUCUUCUCCGCAUUGCCUGCCUUUGCAACAGAGCUGAGUUCAAGCCUGGACAGCAGGACAUCCCAGUACUUCGCCGCGAUUGCACUGGUGAUGCUUCUGAGAUCGCAUUGCUCAAGUUCACCGAGCUUACCGUUGGAAAUGUAGUCGCCGCUCGUGAGAAAUCUCCGAAAAUCGCCGAGAUUCCCUUCAACUCCACCAACAAAUAUCAGGUUUCUAUCCAUGACAUUCCUAAUAGCGAGUCUUACUUGCUUGUGAUGAAAGGAGCUCCUGAGAGGAUUCUUGAUGUUUGUUCCACAAUCUUGAUCGCUGGCAAGGAGGAACCACUUGACGAUAAACUUCGUGCCGAGUUCAAUUCAGCUUAUCUUGAGCUAGGAGGAAUGGGAGAGCGUGUUGCUUGGGUGAGUAGACGUUCUGCAAAAAAAUUCCGUGUAUCCUUCUGA